CUCAUUGACCAAAACACUUGCAUGCAUGUUUAUGAGCAAUAUAUUUCCCACAAAUCCCUACGGCAAACAGUGAGUCGUAAUGACGCAAAACACAGCACGAGGAGAAACCGGCUGAACUCGCGAACAAAUAAAAAAUAAAUCCUAGACAUGCAAACAAUUAUACAAUGCAAGUUUUACUUCCGAAUUGCCGAUUUGUUUCAAUUACAUUACUUAUGAAGAUUAUUGAAUAGUUAGAAACCGUACUAGCAGAAUUUCGGUAUCUGCCCUGUGCACUCAUCUGUUCUCGGUUUUGGAAUGGGAUUGCAGACUGACGUUUUGAACAGCAGAGUGACUCAAACGAACAAAUCCAGGACUUGUGUGAGGGCCUUUUCCUGCUCCAGGACUCUCUCCAUCAUCGGCAGGAAAAUGUGCUGACCACUUUCUUGCACACUCCUGUGGAAACCGGAGGUUCAUUUUGGACACUCUUCUCUAAAAAAUAAAAAGAUCCUCCCUUUCCGAAUGACUCAGGCGGCUAUGUAUGUGUUUGGGUCCCAUGGUUGACUGCCAGGUUUGGGCCCCAUGAUUGGCUGCUAGGUUUGUAAAGUGUUCUACUCCUCCAAACCCAACCCAAUCCCUAUAUCCCCCAGUCCUAACCCCUUAGCCCUGUGUCAUUAUUUUGCCUGACUAGCCCGAGCUCCACACGCUACUAGCCCCAAACCCUUAGCCCUUUGCCUCCAGAUCCCUCUCAUUUCUUUCCUAACACCUGCCACCUCCAGACCCAGUACCAGCCCAAAGCCCCUCUCCCCAACCCUGUUCUUCCAGUCCCACCCUCUGUUCCCCCAGACCCCUACCCCUCUCCCCUGGCCCAGCCCCACAUCCAGCCCCAGUACCAUGCUGGGGAGGAACAUGUCCCAGAAGCUGAGCGUGCUGCUGAUCAUCAUGGGGCUGGCGUGGGGGCUCAUGUUGCUGCUCUACACCGGGCAGCAGCAACACCACCAGAGCAGUGGCGAGCUGCAUCAACAGAUCCUGGAGCUGAGCCGGCGCUAUGUCAAGGUGCUAACCGAGGAGAACCAGAAUGCACCGGGAGGACCGCAGGGCACCUCCAUGGCUGGUUACGCUGAUCUGAAGAGGACCAUAGCGGUGUUGUUGGAUGACAUCCUGACGCGCCUGGUCAAGCUGGAGGGGAAGAUUGAACUGGUGGCCAACACUUCAGUCACUAACUCCUCCCAUCUUGCUGUGGGUGCCUUGGCCUCAGCUCCAGUUGCCUUACACAAAGCCACCAAGGAGGACACGCCAGGCAACCACCACCUGGAAACCGCUCGCAUCCCUCCAUACACACCCAGCAGACCUCGGCCAGGGGUAUAGUAGGGCCUGAGGCCCUGUUACAAGUGCAUCCUUUCUUCCUCAGUUGGUCACUGAUCUAAUAAGGUCGGUAGGGUGGUAACUCUCAUUUCACUUGUUUAUUAAUUUACAGAUCAGUGAUUAUCUCAAGGGAGCAAGGAAAGAUAUAUAUAUAUAUAUAUAUAUAUUCCAGAUCAUUUAAACCUAACCCUGAGAAAGGACUGACUGCCUGUUCAUUUCCAAUAACUACAUGGCUGAUUUCCAUUUUUAUACGAAGACAUUUUAGUCCAUGACUGAAAGUAUUAAAAAAGGUGCUAUUUUAGCUUCCCUUUUUUAAUGGUUUCAUCAUGGAUGGGUCUACAAACUGCGGAUGUCUUUGAGGAUGUCUGUGGGCAACAACAUAGCAUCAACAAUAGUAGAGGAAAUAGACAAACUUCUAUACUCUGUAGUGUCUUCAAGGAAGCUGAUGAUGCUGAAUGUGAAUGGCACUCCCACCCGGAUAUGACUUACCUCGGACAUACUGCCUGCGGACUUGCAAUACUGCUUCUAAUCCCAUCCAUAUCAGAAUGCUGAACUGUAAAAUGUUCUCAUGGUAGUUUGGGAUAUAUUUUGUAGUUUACCGCAGCUCCUGGUGUGUGUGUGUUUGAAAUGAAAUAAAACAUUUAAAUAAUAAUAAUUUAGCCGUUGUACAGUAGACUUCAAAAGGAUAAAGUGAUGAUCCAAAGAA